AUGGACAGCUGUAUCGUUGACGGCGCCUUGGGGUACAUGGCCAGUGUUACAACCACAAUUAUUCUCUUCCCGUACCGUGAUUAUGUCAAAGCGUUUGACGCCAGGGCAGUACGGCGUGUUGACCCCGGUUCGUUUUGCGCAGCUCGGUAUAGGGGAAUGUUGUUCCAACCCUCACAACCACUGCUAAUUGCGUUGCCGAGUGGCCUCCUGUACACAGGGUUCUUGCUUGGAAACGGAUCUGUGUCGGGGGCGUUUUGUGGUGGAGCACUUCAUGGAUUAGGGAAAGUGGGGGUUCGCACCCUCGCCUACCGGUGGAAUCUGUCGCAUAGGCCCAAAGAAGUAUCCUAUAAGUCGGUUCUAAAGUGCUUGCAACAGAGUGUGAAGCACUAUGGGGUGUUGUCCUUUUUUUCAGGUGCCUCUGCGACCAUCGUCAUAUCAACUGCUUGGCAUAGUACGACCUUAGUUGCGUUGCAGCGCUGCGGAGAGAGAGGUUUUUUUGAGUCUUGGUGGGAUGCUUUUCGCACACACUCCUUCCUAACAUUUGUUACCUCACCGUUGCGUAACACAUUUAGAUCGGCGUUGUUCAGCCGGGAGCGAUCCAGUGGCAUUCAUAACGCGUCAACCUUCUUGGCUGGAGAGGCAGCCAUCCUCAAGGAAGCCAAGGGUGUAUUCAGUAACAUGCUCCGGACUGAGGGUGUCCGUUUUUUUGUAGGCGGGGUGCUGCGCUCAACGUUUAAGACGUCCCUUCCAUUUGGUCUCACGUUCGCUACGUUUUCAUUAAUUGGUGGCUCCUUACCUCGUGGUGGGGAGGGCCGCGGAAAUGAUCACCGACGCCACCAUGUGCCACAUCGUCGAUUUAUCUGA